GAUGGAGGAAUGAUAGGGUUGUUUACGCGCAUCAAUCGUGCUAAAUUCUUUCCCACUAAUUCCUUGAUACUGUUGUUCUUUGAAGUAAGGACGACAUUUGGUCCCGAUAGCCUUCGCAUGAGAGAGAUAUAAAGUUGCACGACGGAAAAGCUUUCCAACGAGGAGUUAGAAGUGAGGAUUGCAGGCCCGAAGGGCGAAAGGCUUACUACAAUUAUAGGGUUUCACAGAAAGAGAGAGAGAAACGAAACGUCAUAGGGAGGGUAAGUCUCAUUCACAUAAUUGUCUGAGAGAGAAUCGCAGUUGAAGAGAGAAAUGGGGACAAGGUCCAACUUUUACAAGAACCCUUCCUUCUCAUACAAUAAGGAAUUAUCUCUCUCAUCCGUGAUCCAAAACCUCAGAGCAUACAACGUUGCAACUGGGAAUGUCUUUGCUACCAGUGCUAGUGAUGAUGACAGUAUUGAGGUGAAGGGCGCUAAUUGCCCUAAAAAAAAGAGAAAGCAGGAGAAAGCGAUUGAAAAAGAAGAAGAUACUGAGGCAUUCACCCACCAGGCUUUCAUAGAAAAGCGAAGGAAAGAAGUUGGUUCAUCCCAGAUAUACCAAGAUUUACUUACUAGUGGCGCUCUCCAUUAUGAGAAUGAAUGUCACAUAAAAGAUGAAGUAAAUGAUUUGUGUCUAGCAGCUCAAGUUGACAAGUGUAAUAGUAUAAAGAAAAGAGGAGAACAACGAUUUCCAGUUCCCGGGGAGCCUGCAUGUGUAGUUUGUGGCAGAUAUGGAGAAUACAUUUGCAAUCAGACUGACAAUGACAUCUGCAGCAUGGAAUGCAAAGCUGAACUGCUGGAACUGCAAUGUAAAGUUGGAACUGAGAUGUCCAUUGGAUGUUUAACUUCAACAAGACCCACAGAUGCGUCGGAGCUGCCAGACUUCAAAGAGGGUAUAUGGGAUUUUGGAAGGAAUAGAUGGACGAAAAAACGGUCCAGCCUAUGUGCUUAUGAGUGUUGGAAAUGUAAACGACCUGGGCAUCUUGCAGAGGAUUGUCUGCUGAUGAAAUCUAUUCCCUCUCAGACAUCAGCUGCUAUGGAUCAAAAUCAUAGUUCUAUUUCCAGAGGUCUUCAUGCUCUUUACAAGAGAUGCAAUCUCCUUGGUCAAAGUGCAUCAGAUGCAAAGUGCAAUUCCUGUCGUCGCUCAUUUAGCUUGGCAAUGUGCCUUUAUUGUUCUACAAUUCUCUGUGACAGUGCAGGGCAUUUGAAAUCACAUAUGGAUGCAAACCCAUCACAUACUCAAUUUUACUCCUUUAAGCUCAAGCGUUUGGUGAAGUGCUGUAAAUCAACUUGUGAUGUGACUAACAUUAAGGAACUCUUAAUAUGCCACCACUGCUUUAACAAGGCGUUUGACAAGUACUACAAUAUGUGCACAGCGACUUGGUACGGAGCUGGACUCAAGGUCAUAUGGGGUUCUAUUUGCUGUGAUGAGCACUUCACGUGGCACAGGAUGAAUUGCCCUAGUUCAGACAUAGACGACAGUGCAUACCUUGUCAGCAGAGGAAUGCCAAGAGAAAAGAAUACCCAGCUCUGCGACUUCAUCUUCUAACUCUAGUUUCGGUUCACAAGUAUUUUAAUAAAUUUAGUUCUAUCACUUAAAACUCACGUGGUUACUUGAUGAAGGUUUUGUCCCUACCACGUCUUAUGCAAUCUCAUUACCUCAUCCACUCUUAGUGAAUGAAAAGGAUGGGCAUUUUUUUUAUU